UAUUAUGGAAUAGCUCCCAAAAGGUAUUAUCUUUUUAUCAUCUUAGCGACCGUACAAUAAUUCAUCAAAUCAACAACAAGUGGGGAUAUGAAAUGUUCUAAUGAGUUUGUGACAUAAGUCAUGUCAAUGGCUAGGGAAUAUAUCUAAUUGGUUUCUGAUUAAGCUAAUACUAUAUGUUUAGAAAAUGGAAAAAAAACAAUAUCAGGAGAAUUUUUUUAUAAGGCCAUUUAAAAAUUAAGGUUAGAAGGUUAAAUUCCAAUUCUAAAGGAAAUAGAAGAAGAAAUCAAAGAGGAAGUUAAUGUAAAGUUUUGAUGCUAUAUAAAGGUUAAAAAUUAAAAUAAAGCAAGAUUUCAAGAUGAGGAGCAUUUAAAGCAGUUAGAGGAAUAAUAAAAAGAAUUAUAUGAGAAAGCAAAAUUGGAGAACAGCAAACGUUAAAUUGAUGAAGAAGACCAUAAUAAACCUAGAAAAGCAUUAAAUUUACAAUUUGAAUAAGAAGAAGGGGAGGAGGAUCCUUAAUGA